UACGGGUCGUAGUAAGCAUACUCUAAUGCUUUUUAAGCCGCUGUGAAGCUUUGUGCAGCUUUGUGCAGCUUUGUGUAGCUUUGUGCAGCGCUUGGUGGGGUAAAAUAGGGUUUGAGUUUCUAAUCUUCCAAUUUCACAAUCAAAGAAGCGGCACAAUGGUGGUAGGAAGAGUGUCUCAGAGUCGACCAAUUUCCAACCUCGGCUAGUGUGGUGUGGAAACGGCAAGGCUAAUGGCGAAAUAUGCCAUUCUCCAACCUACUUACAAAUAUCAUAUGAAGUGCUUUUCUUACAAAUAUCAAUCCCCUUUAUGAAUUGGCUCUCAGGAUAAUUUCUAUAUAACAUUGGAAUUCUCCCAGUUGUCUCUCUAUUUCACUCUACCCUCAUCAAGAGAUUCUCACAGGCCAAUCAUCACCCACUCCAAUAUCAUCCAUCCAUCAAUCUUGCAUAUUCGCCACCCUCCAUCCUAACAUCCACGAUGGCCACCAAAUCCAAAGUUCACGAGAUCGUCAUCUUAGGGUCUCAUUUUUCAGGCCUAGGAACUGCUCAUUCUCUCCUCCGGGACAUCAUCCCCACCCUCUCCAAGCAAACACCAAAUGUCAAGUAUCACGUCACAAUCGUUGCCCCGCACACCGAGUACUUCUAUAACAUUCCCGGCCCGCGCUACUUGAUUGGAAAAGAGUUGAUCGACCCAAGCAAGCUUUUCUUUCCAAUUGCAGGAGCAUUGAAGGAGUACAAGGCAGACCAGUAUGCCACCGUCCAGGGGAAGGCGACUGCUGUGGACCACCAGAGGAAGGUCGUCAGUGUUGUGUUGCAAGACGGGGCAACACAGGAGAUCGAGUAUCAGAGUCUCGUUGUUGCCACAGGCACAACCUCGAACUCAAAGCUCUGGCAGAUAAACGACCACGAGGACGCCACCAAAGCCCUGUAUGCCUCAGUUCAGGCAGCGCUUCCAACCGCAAAGCGAGUCUUGAUUGCCGGUGGCGGGGCCGUCGGUGUCGAGACAGCUGGUGAAAUCGCUACCCAUUUCCCCAAAGCCGAAAUCACCAUCUUAUCUGGUAACGACAAACUUCUCCCCCGUCUUGUUCCUGGAAACAGUUCCUCCGCGGAGGCAAGGCUGGGCGCUCUUGGCGUCAAGACUGUUCACAAGACCCGAGUCAGGUCCGCCGCAGAGACCGCAGCUGGCGCCACAACUGUGGUUUUCAGUGACGGAACCACUCAAACAGUCGACGUGUACAUCGAUGCCACCGGCGGCAAGCCAAACACCUCUUUCCUUCCGCCGGCGUGGGUGGACGCCAAGGGCUACGUGAUUACCGACGGCGGCAAGACCCUCCGCACCCCCAGAGCAGGCGUAUACGCUCUCGGAGACGUGGCCGACUACAGCAACGGAUCGCUUAUCGACGCAAUGGCAUCUAUUAUACCCGUGGCAACCAGUAUCGGCGUUGAUAUCGCUACUGAAGCUGGGAAGGGGGAGCUUUUCAAGCAGAAGAUUUUCAAGGGCAUGAAGGGCACUCAGAUUGUCCCGACUGGACCUAGCUCGGGAGUGGGACAGAUUAUGGGAUGGCGUGUUCCGGGGUGGCUUGUUUGGUUGAUCAAGUCGAGGACGUUCUUUUUGGAGAAGGCGGAGCCGAAUUGGAAGGGUUUGGAGAUUGCGAAGGCUUGAGAGUCGGUCGUGGUGGGAGUUCUAGGCGUUCUACUUACUAUGCUGGGGGUGUUGUCUAUCUGUUUUUGUUCAGCGAUAGUUGGUGUGUUGUAACUUGAAUAAUCGCGCUUCUACUACGGUGGAAAUAAUAGAGUCUACUUUGUUCACCCAUACGAAUCAGUAUCC